AUGCAGGAGAACUAUGAGACGGUGACCUCUCUGGGAUUCCCCCUUCCCAAACCUGACCUGAUUAGCCGACUGGAACGAGGGGAAGAGCCAUGGGUGCCCGAUCUCCCGGCCUGUGGGGAAAGAGAGAUCCCAAGAGGCGCCCACACAGGUGAUGGGAGAGUGAGUGAGAACAAGGAGGGGAAUCAACAGCAGGAAGUUCCUGGGCACGGGGAAUCACAGGGGACCUUUGUGGGAAGACGCCAUAAGUGCUUGGACUGUGGAAAAAUUUUCAUAUGGUGGUCACACAUUGUUUUAUAUCAAGCAGUCCACAUUGGAGAGAGACUCCAUAAGUGCUUAGACUCAGUAGCGUAGCUAGGGUGGGAGCAGGAGGAGCGGCCGCUCCCACUGAGCACAUUCUCCAAAACUGGCACGUUAGGCGCUGACUCUGUGGAUGCUCCGGGUCUGGAGCACCUACAGGGAAAAAUUGAUGGUUGCUGAGCACCUACCAGCAGCUCUCUGGUUCCCGCCCUCCGGCAGCUCACCUCCACCUCCGCUCCGCCUCUUCCCCUGAGUGCGCUGCCACGUUCUGCUUCUCCUCCUGGCUCCCCAGUGCUUGCGCCACGAAACAGCCAA